CGACGCCCCGCCCCGCAGCCUAUAUUACGGUGUCGGUCCGGAGCAGCGCGAGCCAGUGGCACAAUAAGCAGGAGCGCGCAGAGCGAGAACCUCCUCAUCAGAACAUCACGGAACAAUGGCCGACACCAAACUCGACUCCGGCUCCGACCUCUCUGUCAAGGACCUGAAAGAGAAGAAGCUGGUGGAGGAGAAGGAGAACGGCAAAGAUGCUGCCACCAACGGGAAGGAGAAGGAGGAGAAUGGUGAACCUGAGCUAGAUGAUGAAGAGGAUGAGGAGGUGGACGAGGAGGACGAGGAAGAUGAUGUAGAAGGUGACGAGGAAGACGAGGAGGACGAUGAAGACGAGGCUGAGGGCGGCACAAAGCGGGCAGCAGAGGACGACGAUGAUGAAGAUGAUGAUGAGGAUGAGGUCGAGACCAAGAAGCAGAAAACAGACGAUGACGACUGAUGCGUUUCCGACUUCCUGCUGAACACCUCCCAGGUUCUUGACCUCUGGAUGUUUAGAGGUCACAGGUCGAGGGGCUGGACGACGCAUUUAAAGGAAAAAAUAAUAAUAAAAAAUUCCAACAUGGUCAUUAGCAAGUAGAGUUCAACAAGCACCCACCACGUCCCAAACGAGCCUCCCAUCAAAUCUGCACAUUUUCUAGAAGAACCACAUCGACGCAGAAAUCAGGCUUAACAACAACAACAACAACAUGAAAGAAGAAUUUGUUUGUAUUUUUAUUUACAUUUUAUAUUUUUGUACAUAUUGUUAGGAAGGGGGGUCAGUUUCUCUCUCGGCAGCGACCUCGUCAGACCAAAUCGGUGCUUCUUAAACAAAAAGAUUUUACUUAGUUGACCAUGUUACGAAACCUCGACCGAUUUGUAAGAAGCUAAACACGUGACAGAAACCUCUUAAGCCGUUGAACUCAGAGCAUUCCAGUAAAUUUAAUGUAUGUACUUUAGCUGUACCAUAACUAGUUUGUUUGUAUGGGGGGGGUAAGGCCAAAGAGAAGAGCCUCUUUUCUUUUCCUUUUGUUUUAUGACGGCCUGUUUUGAUGUAUGUGCGAAGUUUGUUGUUUGACAAUAAACCGGACUUUUAUUUUGUGAGUUGUA